AUGACUGAUAAUGUUAAUUUAGACGAAUAUGAUGACGAACAAGUUAAAUUAAUGCAAGAAAUGUGUAUUGUCGUUAACGAAAAGGAUGAAAAAAUUAGUGCAGAUACCAAGAAAAAUUGUCAUUUAAUGGAGAACAUCAAAAAGGGACUUUUACAUCGAGCAUUUUCGGUAUUUCUCUUUGAUUCUGAAAAUAAAUUAUUAUUGCAACAACGUGCCAGUGAAAAAAUUACAUUUCCUGAUUGUUGGACAAAUACUUGCUGUUCUCAUCCUUUAAAUACUCCUUUGGAAUUGGAAGAAACAGCUCAAAUUGGAGUACGUCGAGCAGCUCAAAGAAAAUUAGAACAUGAAUUGGGCAUUAAACCAGAAAAGGUUCCUCUUGAUGAUCUCGUGUUUUUAACUAGAGUUCAUUAUUUAGCUCCUUCAGACGGACUUUGGGGCGAACAUGAAAUUGAUUACAUACUUUUCAUUCGAGGAAAUUUUACUCUAAAUGAUCUUGCAGUUAAUAAAAAUGAAGUUAGUGCCGUUGAAUUUUUAUCUCCGGAAGAAUUACGUCAAAAAUUCAAUAACCCUGGCAAUUUGAAAUUUACUCCGUGGUUUAAACUUAUUUGUGAGAAUUUCUUGUUUAAAUGGUGGAAAAAACUGGAUGAUUUAGAAUCAAGCAAAGAUAUUUUAACAAUCCAUAAAUUAGGUUUUUAA